ACACAGACAUAAACACACACAGACCGACAGUGAUGGAUGAGCAUCAGGACCGGGCGCUGAUUCAGCGUAUGCCAAGCCAAGAGACCGUCUUGAACCGCGGAGGCACCGGGAGCUCCAAUGGAAAGGCGCUGAAGGUGGCCGGACUGACGGUUCUGGCCUGUCUUCUGCUGGCGGGACAGGCGCUGACCGCGUACCUCGUCUGGGGUCAGAAGGAACACAUCAGCGCUCUGACCACCGGCCAGGAGAAACUGAAGACGGAGCUCACCAGAAAAAUGUCCGGUGCUCCUCCAAAGGCGAUGCAUCUUCCCAUGAAAAGCAUGCCGCUGCUGAAGGAUUUCUCUGAUGAAUCCUCUGACCAGACCUCCAAGAAGAAGAGCAGCGUUCCUCUCACUAAACUGCAACCAAUUUUCACAAACCAGAGAGAGGGCAGCGGACAACUGGAUGCUUCCAGACUGAUGCCAAAGAAGAUGCAGCUGCCAAUGAGGAGCCUGCCUCUGCUGGUGGAUGCGGAUGAGGAUGUGAAGAGCUCUCCUGAAUCAGCUGUUGAGGUUCAGAGUAAGUGUCAGCUGGAGUCUCAGAAGGAGGUGAGACCCGGGUUCUACAAGUCUCAGUGUGACAAACAGGGCAACUAUCUGCCCAUGCAGUGCUGGCACAGCACCGGAUACUGCUGGUGUGUGGAUAAAGAUGGCAAGGAGAUCCCGGACACACGCAUUCGCGGAAGACCCGAGUGCAGUUAAGUGUGAAUCAGCACGUCCAGCAAUAAAGAGAAUAACUCCAGGCCUAUUACCUGUCUCCUGUUUCAGCUCCUGAGGAUCAAUCCGUCAUUAUGGAUGCUAUUCGUUGGGAAUAAUCCAAUAAGCUUCCUACUGAAGAUCUCUUCUUCUGAUCUGUGUUCAGAAUAGAUAAACAUACACAGCAUAUUAGCACUGGGCUAACCCUUAUUCUAAUAAUAUCUUUUUUAAUUUUAACUCACAGCAUGUUGUUAGAGGUAGCAUGAAUAUCACCGUGAUUAUGACUGUAAAUAAACACAUGCCGUUUCCAAAUAA